GCUUCUCUUCGUCAAUGGAGGUUGGUAUAAUAAUAGGUACGAAAGAAAACCCUAUUUGCGCCGCAUCUCUCUCGUCUUCCUUUACUCCGUCAAAACCAUGUUUCUAAGUCAGUUCCGGAGCUGUAAACCUUUGCUCGAGUCUCGUCUACCUUUGCUCCGCCUCUCUCUCUCUAAAUGUCUCGAUCAGUCCUUCAAAACCACGGCUAGUAGCGAAUACGGUAGUAAGAUCAACAAAGUCACAAAGCAUGUCAAUGAGGAGGAUGGUGCAACUUUCUAUGUUACUCGAAGGGGGGCAAUCGAUAGUUCUGCCCCUGCUGAAUCAAAAGCAUAUCCAAAAGCAGCUAAUAUCAGUUCAAUCCAUAGUAUGAGGGAAUCUCUUCUGGAGGAAACAGAGGAAGACUACUACAGACGCUUGGCACUUUUUGCCCUGAGGAAUCAUGGUGGAGAGGAUGCCAUAAAUGUUAUUAUAGAAUCUCUAGGUGUUGAGAGUUCUAUGAUUCGCAUUGAGGCUGCAUUUGUGUUGGGACAAUUGGAAUCCAAAACAGCUAUAGCUUCUCUAAGCAAGAUCUUGAGAGAUGUGAAGGAGCACCCCAUGGUUCGAGUAGAGGCUGCAAAAGCCCUUGGUUUCAUUGCAGAUGAGAAGAGCAGAGAAGUACUCCAAGAACUUUCAGGCGACCUCGAUCCCAUUAUCGCUAAAGGUUGUGAUUCUUCAUUGAGUAUCUUGGAAUUUAAGAAUUCAAAAAAAUAUGACCCUCUCAUAUAAAAUGGUGUGUGUGGGUCUGUUGUGUAAUGAAAACAUCUACGUUUCAUCUUCCUUUUGUUAAACUUUGUUUUGUAUUCAAAUGAUUUGCAGACGGUUUAAGCUCUGUUUUAAGCUAUUAUCUCGGCCUACUUGCAUUUCUUCACUUUCUCAGUGAAAGAAUGAUUAAUUUUUUUCAUU